AUGGAGUCUCAAGCUCAACUAUCCACGUCCAUGUCAACGUCCACGUCCAUGCCCACGUCCAUCCUGAAUCAGACAAUUACGAAGACGAUUACGAUCGGAAUCCAGCACCCCAUCGCAGCCCUCAUCGUCAUCUUCAGCCUCGUCUGCAUCGCCACUCGCAUCGUCACCUCGAUACAGUAUCGAACAGCAACAGCAGUCUUCAGGAACGAGGGAAGCUCGACAAGCCCAACACCCACACCCACACCCACAUCCAUCCACCCACCCCAACCUGCCGCAACUCUACCAUACUGGAUCCCAUGGCUGGGCCACGGCCUAUCCUUCGCCAUCGGGGGCACAGAACUCCUGGCCCGAACGACACGACAACUACGAGGCGACUCGUCCACAUCCAUGUCCAUGUCCAUGUACGCGCUGAUGAUGGGCAACUCUCGCCACAACAUCGUGACGGUGCCCAGCCUGGCACAGCAGAUCAUGGACGACCGGCACGCCCCCGUCGGCGGAGAAGCCUUCAUCUUCCGCGCCAUGGAAUACGUGUGGGACGCGCGCGGCUCGUUCGAGGCCAUCGACCCGGCCGCGCUGUGGGGGGACAUCCACGCCGUGCUGGCAGGCAUGCUGCGUGAGAGUUUCGUCGCCUCGGCCAUCAAGCGUACCGUCGAGACCGUCGAACGAGAUACGUGGAACUUGGUGUCGGGCGCGGCGAGCCGUGUCGACCAAAGUAUUUGGGAACGGGAGGCUCGAGUCGAGGUGUUGGUUUCGCCGCAGUCGCAAACAAAAUCACAACAGCAAUCCCACCAGCAAUCCCAGCUUCAAUCCCAGCUUCAAUCCCAGCUUCAAUCCCACCCCCAACCGCAGUCACAUCCUCAAUCCCACCUUAAAUCCCAACCGCAGCUGCAGUCUCAGUUGCAACCUCAAUCCCAACCGCAGUCACACCCUCAAACACCCACCAUCGUCGAAGCCAGUCUCCAUCCACUAAUUAGAUACUUUGUAGGCGAGAUUGCCAGCACGGUGCUCUACGGACGCAACUUCAUGGAGAACAACCCGAACAUCAUGGCGGAUCUAUGGGAGAUGGAUUCGCGCAUGACGCUAUUCAUGGCGGGCGUGCCGACGUGGCUGCCAGGCAUGGGCAUGCGCGGACCGGCGGCGGCGCGGGCGCGCGUGAUUGCCGCGGUGCAAGAACACCACGCCGCGCUGUACCGUCACCUCGACGGCCAGGACCCGGGCUACCGAUGGAGCGACAUGUCGGACGUGUCGUCGGUCAUUGUCGACCGGGCCCAGGCGUUCCGCAAGAGUGGUGCUCAGCCGCGUGCCGCCGCCACGGCCGACGCGGCCGUCUUGUGGGCCAUUAAUGUGAACGCGAACGCUCUCGUCUUCUGGCUUCUGUGGUACGUCUACUCGACGCCAGGUCUGCUGACCGAGAUCCGCGCCGAAAUCCGUCCCUAUGUCCAGCUCCGCCGUCCGCCUCCCUCCGGCCUGUCGGUCAACGAGGCGCCCCGGCUCGCCAUCGACGUCGACGGCCUGUGGACCAAGUGUCCGCUUCUCAAGGGGGCCUUUUUCGAGACCAUGCGGCUGGAGUCGCGCAGUCUGACCUACAAGGAAGUGAGGCGGGAUUUCGUCGUCACCGAAUCCGACCACGACGCCCGCCUGCUCGGCAGACAAUCUCCGCAUGCCUACCUCUUGCGCAAGGGCGAGUUAAUCUGUAUUCCGCACGGCGUACAUCAAAACGACGAGAAGUACUUUCCUUGUCCGGACCGGUUUGACCCACGGCGGUUUUGGGUCAAGGGCGAGAGAGAGGGCGAGAGCGGGAGAGGGAGCGAGAGAAGGAGCGAGAGAGAGAGCGAGAGUGAGAGCAAGACCAAGAACGAGAAAACCGGGGUCCCAGUCGACCAUGACCCACUUGACAUGCGUGUCCACAUCUCCAAUGUUCGAGUCGACUACGGCGGCAUGAGAGUCUGGGGCGGAGGCAAGCACAUGUGCAAGGGCAAGACCUUCGCCGAGCGAGAAGUCGUCUUGUUUGCCGCCGCCAUCCUGAUGCAGUGGGACAUGGUGCCCGUCGGGCCUGGUGGCUUGAGUCAGUGGCUUCACCCGGGCAGGAACGCCGGGACGGGGACGCUGAGUCCGAAACAUGAUGUUCGAGUCAGGCUUACGAGGAGAGAGGGAUGGUGA